AUGCGGAUGAAGGCCCGAAGACAUAUUGGAUUCUAUCCGCCCGAAGACAUAUUGGAUUCGGGUCUUACCCGCAUCCUCUUCAUCCGCAACCCCGCCUCUUCUUUGCCUCCGACCUUACUAGGGCAGGGGGAGCCUCUCCAGUCCCCGCGGCGGAGGGUAGUGACGGAUGCGGCGAACGGCAGGCAGCCUUCUCUGGUGCCAAAUUUAGGCAAAGUUCUUGUGUUUGGAUGGCGAAUCUUGGUAAAAGAGUAGACAUUGAGAAUCUUCUUUCGCUUGGAGACGAUCUGCUUGGGGUUCUGAAGAAUAAGAAGGAUGUCGAUGGCCUGAUGCAGUCUUUGGAAGGGGCGAAGCUGCUUCACUUCUCAUGUAGUUCUGAUUCCAAUAACACUGGGAAAUGGAUAGAAGACUGCCAGAACAAGAUACAAGCAUGUGAAGAGAAGAUUGACAGGUCAAAAGAUGAAACAUCCUAUGAUUCUGAACUGGAUCAUCUUCAACAUGAAUUGGAUGAGAAAUUGCAAGAGGAACAUAUGCUACAGAAAGAACUAAGAGCAGUUCAGGAUGAACUCAUUGAUUUAGAGCAUCAGAGAGUUUCUAUUGAAGAUCGAAGAGUGAUGAUCAAGAAAACAGAAAAAGAUCUGAUAAGGGCACGAAAUUGUCUUUCCAUGUGUGCAUCAGUGACGAACAUCAUCCCAGAUUUUGAAGAUUGGACCAGAAUUUCUGGCAUGGUCAUAGAUAGGAAUAAGAAGAAAGUUGAGAAGUUUGAGUUUGAAAGGACAGAAUCGCCUCUUAAUGUUUGCAACAAACUGUGGAAGAUGGCUUAGCUGUCGCAUGAGUUGCUGUUUGUUCUACCUGUCAUACUCAUCAUUCUUCAGGUGCACCUGCUUCAUAUUUCUCGGGUGAAUGACAAAACCAUGUAUAGCAAAAAUCAACAAUUUGCUGCUCUGUGCAAGUCUUUUGAGGAUUGAGUUAUUUCUUUAGAGGCUUAGUAGUAGUAGUAGUUUCUGAAUGUUAUUAUCCUAAGCACCAGAAUAUAUGCUAUGUGGUACAAUCUCAUGAUUUCUCAUGUAAUAUAAGCACAACAGGCUUAUGUAUAUUUUUUCCUUUGGAAUUAUCUCUCCAGUAUUCUUCUUUA